GUGGUGGACCGCGUCGUCGACAAGAACCGUCACAGUGGCGCGCACUACACGGUCGGCACCAUCACCGAUCACAGCCUCCUGGAACAGCUGCUCAAGCAAAUCACGCCCACUGUCGUAUUCCACCUCGCGUCUCCAAACGCGUCCUUCCCUACCGGCCCGCGGUCCGAUUUCUACCACACCAAUGUCGAGGGCACGCGCUCCCUUCUGGCUCUCGCCGCCGCCUCCCCCUCGGUGAAGGCCUUCGUGCACUGCUCCACUGUCGACAUCUACGAGGGCCCGCCACACGUCAAUACCCCCGAGACGCACCCGUUGUUCCCGCCCAGCUCUUUCGAGGAAUACGCGCGCACCAAAGCCAUUGCCGACACCGCCGUGCUUGACGCUGCGGCGCGCAGCAACGACCCCCGCGGACUCCGCAUCGUCUCCCUGCGCAUCGCGCACAUGUACGGUUCCCGAUGCAGCCAGCAGCUGCCCGCGCUACUUGCUCUCAGCGCCGGCGGCGGCCCGCUCGUGCGCCUCGGCAACGGCACGAACCUCUGCUCAGUGGUGUCGAGCGACAAUGCCGCUGCGGCCCAUAUUCUCGCCGCCAAAGCCCUGUUGGACCCCGCCCGCGCCAACGGGAAAAUACAUGGCGAGGCGUUUAACAUUGCCGAGCCGGAGCCAGUGUUGUUCUGGUACCACACCAUGCUGUUCUGGGCCGCAGCCCGCGGGCGCCCAGUUACGGACGAGGUGUGGACGGUUCCCACGUGGCUGGUCAGGAUCGUGUACGGAUUGAUCGCCUGGGGGUUUUGGCUGUGCACCGCGGGUCAGGCCCAGCUCCCGGUGAGUUUGAGCUAUACCACCCUCACCUGGACGACGGAGGAUCAUACGUAUAGCACGGACAAGGCAAGGAAGAGGCUGGGAUGGAGCCCAAAGUCGGAUCAUGAUGUCGUCAUAAGACGAUCGGUGGAG